AUGGGAGUAAAAGACUAUGUCCGGAAAUCAUCAGUCCACUUCCAUGACAUUGGUAUAGGUGGAGAGGGUAACGAAAACUUAGACGCGCGGAGGGACGUAUACGUGCAAAAACAACAAACGUGGAUGGUGAUGACGCUUAAGACUAUCAUGGCGUCUUUAGGACACGCCAAUCGGGAUCUAGACGUGUUGAAGAUUGACAUAGAGGGCCACGAGUGGAAAGUGAUCGAAUACCUACUAGACAGCGGACUGCUGCCCAGAAUCAAACAGUUACUUUUGGAAUAUCAUAUCUUUAAAGAUUGGCCUCAAAGAUCGGAAAAUCCCAAAAAUUUAUAUUUGUACAGGAAAAUGAUUCAAGCUGGAUUUAAGAAAUUCUCUUCGAAGUUGCAUACAUUACAACAUAAUCCAUCUUGGGUGCAUCUUCAGGCAGAUACCUUCUAUGUUAACACCCUUUAUGACCCGAGCGAGAGACAUUGAUGCUUUUCCUAGUUUGAUUCCGGAUCAAACGUUGUAAUGUGGCCGAAGUUUUAUUAAUGGAAUAAAGUGAUUCCCUACCGAUAAUUUGUGUUAUUAUCUAUAUACUACUUUAUACCACCAAUUUAUUAAGCAGAUCAUUUAUAUGUAUGAGGUACAGACAUGUUGAUAUAACUCCACCUUGCCGUACCGACCUAUUCACCUUGAUCCAUCGUGAUUGAACACUGUUAUGAACAACAACACUGUAGAUUCCUUGGUACGAAUUACACAACAUUCUAAACAAGCUUCCAGUUACUCCAAGUUCAUACAACUUGUGGAC